AUGAGGCGGAAGUCUAUGGUCGUAACUAUCCAGGACGAUGAGAUGGACGAGCUGUCGUCUCCAAGCGCACCGUCUCCAUACCGAAGUUUCUCAUCUGCAUUGCGGACUUUCACGCCCAAAUCUAAGCUCAGGGCACUCAUCGUGGCCAGAAGGUUGUAUCACACACCCAGCAAGACAAGUAUGAAACGGAGCCAUCCCUUCAGCUCCUUGUACGACAAGGACUCGGAUGACGAGUUACAGUCAUCAUCCGCGCCGACGCUAACCCGUGGUUCAACACCGCUCACUUCCGAGACACUCCCAAUCGCCCCAUCGAGAAUGGCACCCCCAUCUUCUCCCAUUAACAGAAAACAGACACCAACUCUGAAAGCAAGUCGGAGUAAGAAAAAAGCUUCGAAGGAAUCUUUCCAGAACAGAGGCCGAAACAGUUCUCCUCGUGCCAGCCGGGACCGACAAAUCACCAAUGUAGAAGUCAUCAUCCCCAGAAGAACAGCUGCACCGCUCAGCAUCCCCAAAAGAACAGCUGCACCACCCAGCAAGACCCCGAAACCUGCCAACCCCUGGGCCGUUACCCCGGACGACCCCUUCUACAACCCCAAGUGGGACGACGAACACCCGGACGGAACACCAGCCGUAUUUCCCAAGGCACCGCCUUUCACCCCAUUCCUCACACCAUCAAUCCCGCUUGCCUCCGUUACCGCUCAUCCGGCCGCUCAGAAGAAGCCCGCCGGGUUCACGACGACGCCGGCCAGACAGAACCGUACCAGUACUCCCAAAUCCUCCGUCAGCACCGCAAAGAAGGCCGUCAAGAAGCAACCUCCAACGCCGGGAUGGACCGCGACUCCCGCACGCAGAGGAUCCGGCGUCCUCGACUACCUUGAGGAACUCGGCUCGGCGCCCGCCUUUUCGGUGGAAAUCCCGCCUCGAGCUACCCCGCCGAAGUUCGGCAAUGGAACUACUGCUUCUCCUUCUCUUUCCGCACGCCGCUCACCACGUAGCCGAAAUGACAAUCCCGACGUCCCUGAGGUUGUGGAAGCGCCGGUGGUCAAGAUGGAAGAAGGAAAGUGUGGAGACGAGGGGUAUACGUGCGGUAAACAGUUCUGCUUUGAUUGUCUGAGUGAUUGA